UUAGGUCUCUCUUUAUGUAGUGUUGGGUCUCUCUUGUUGUGAUGUGUGUUUUGUCCUAUAUUUAUAUUUUAUUGAUUUAUUUUAAAAAUGAAUCCCAAUUAUUUUUGUGUCCAGACUACCCUCACUCUCACUGAAGGGGAUAUAUCACACACAGUGAACACACUCCGCAUAGAGAUCUUCCAUGUUGUUAUCUAUUGGCUGCCUGGGCUCUUACAUCAUUUAGAUAUUUUACUUUCGUAUUACAGUAUCACAUGAUUUCCCAGAAACAGGUGCAGUUCUCAUCAACAGUUAUGUAAUUUUAUCUGUGAAGAAAGGGAUGUAGUAUUUGCCUCAAGACUGCAGGGUUUGCCGGUCCAAGCCUUGAUUCUGUCUGUUGUCCUUUGUAUAAGAUUUUGUUGUUUGUCUUUUUUUAGACUGACCACUGCCUAUUCCUCACUAUGUACACUUGGGGAGAAGGGUAGACCAUUUGGAUGCAAACUUAUUGAAUGUGUUGUUUGUUCUAUUAGUUAUAUUUCUAUGUAUAGGUCACACAUGCUUUUCAGUCCUAGUCAUUUUUUUUCUUUGCAUUUUACACAUUUUUGUUAACCUCGCGAUAGUUCACACACGGCUUCAAACCGGUCCGCACACUUACUGACAGAAACCUAACAAUGCAGUGCAACAAUGUGACAACUAUCCCCAAAGGGCUACUGCAGCUUCGAGACAGUUUGAGUAGCAUGAUGGACAGCCUGUACAAAGACCCCAAGGUGGCAGAGCUGAUGAACACAUCAAUGGGGCAGUACCUCAAUGACCACCCAUUCUUAGCCCUGGCUGUGUUGGUAUUUGGCUCCAUGGCCACUGUACCCAUUGGGAUUUUCCUGACCUUUGCCACUGUUACAUUCAUUGGUGCCACUGUGGGUUUCGUUUUAUUGGAGGUGUUUCUGCUAUCCCUAGGAGGGGUCAGUCUGCUGUGUGUGCUCUCUGCUCUGGCCAUCCUCUCCAUCCUGGUCUCCUUGGUCCUUGGUGCCUGUUACAUUACCUCUUACAAUGUGAUCAACUUCUACUACAGCCAGCGUGUCAGUAGGUACCGAGUCACUAGGUUGGAGCCUGCGACAAAUAUAACAGUCAUGGAAGAAGAUGGGUGUGUUCAACUUAACUUGAUGAACAAAAACUCCUUUCUAGACAUACAGUUGAAGUCGGAAGGUUACAUAAACUUAGAGAAGAAGAUGAAGAAGCCUAUGGGAAGCCGGAGGUUUAAGGAGCUGCAGCGUCAGUGAUGGAGAUGGCCUUCUACAGACACAAUCGUAUACUGAUCACUGCACUGCAGUGCUUUCACUGGCAGAUAGGGGUUCCUCUAGACUCAAGAACUAGAUAGAGUAAAACCUCAGGUUGACUUUUCAUUAAAGGCCCAAUGCAGCUGUUUUUAUCUCAAUAUCAAAUAAUUUCUGGCUAAUAAUUAACUACCUUACUAUGAUUUGUUUUAAAUGAAAACAAACAAAAAUAGCUUCUUAGCAAAGAGCAUGUUCUCAAGCAAUAAUUGUUUAGGUCUAAGUGGGGAGGGAAAAACUGAAAUAUAUCUGUUAUUGUCAGAGACAUUUGGAACUCUCUUAUUAGUCUAUAAACUAAUUUACCGCCAGGUGAUGUCAACAGGCAGGCCACAUUUUCAGCCCACCAAAGCAGGCUGAAAUUUCAGGUGAUCUUUUCAAACAGCUCUUAGCGCGCACCGCUAACUAAGCUAGCCGUUUCACAUCCAUUACACACUGAAAGGGCAUCAUUUUCACAGUAUUAUUCCAACAUCAUCGUCUGGAAAUAUUUAUAAAACAGAAAAAUCUUUGACUGGGCCUUUAACUAGAAAAAUCGAUUAUCCAAACAGCCCAAAGGAAUCAUCACCAUUGAUACAAGUAUUAAUAUUUAUUUAAAUGAUUCUGGAGGUUGUAUAAUUUCACCUGACUGAAUGUAGGCACAUUGAUUGUUGAUUUAUUUUAUUGCAUUAUAGCAUUUGUACUAAUAUCACUAUUUCUUGAUCUUUCUAAAGGUUAAAAGGAUAUACAAAGAUGUAUAUUUUAUACAUAAAGUUUAAAUUCAAGCUGCUAUCGGUUGCUAGUCUGAUUGUCAGAUGUUACGUGCAAUGAAUGCACCUUGGUUUUGUCCAUUUGCAAUGGAGAGAGGAUUAAGAACCUGUAAUGGUAGAAAUGAUUUGUUAAACAAAGCCCAUUUAGAACAUGACAGAUGACCAGGUAGCACGGCAAAUAUACCUGUUACUGUAUUUGACCAUCUGUGUAUUCUGGAAACAUUGUGUGCAGUAUGCUAUAAUCCAUAUUGUACAUUUGCCAAAGAUUUUUAUUAAAUGUGUUCCUCUAGUUGAUCCACAUAGGAUUAAUAACAGGUCAGUCUUUUAAGUUUAAAAUCUGUUGUCUAUUUGAAAAGUGGGAGCUAGUUUCUGUUACUAAGGUCAUGUCAGUUUGUGUGAACCAGAAAUGUAAAGUAUGCACUAAUAGAGAUGAUAGUGACUGAUGUAUCAAAAAGUGUUUAUGUAUUCAAUUUAAUGUACCUUUUCUCUGAAGAUUAGUGGCGAGAUGUUACUUUGGAAUAUUACAAGUAAAUCACUUCAACUGCACUAAAUUGAUUUGCUCUAGAAAGCCAGCGUCUCCAUAUUGGAAGACAUUUUUCUAAUGUACAAAAGUCAUUUAUAAUGAUUGACCCUUCACAGAUUUAUAGUUCUGGCCUUGAGCAGUUAAAUGUUCUGCAUUGUCAUGUUUAAUGUGGACCCCAGGAAUAGUAGCUGCUGCUUUCACAACAGUUAAUGGGGAUUCUAAUAAAAUAAUACAAGUAA